UUAACUUUUCUUUGGUUUGUUGUUAGUUGUUAGGCUGCGACGCUUCCGCUCGAAUCUUGUUCCUCGUUCCCUCGUUCUCUCUUGGUAUUCUCUGACUACAUAUGUCGGCAGAGAAGAGAGUUGCUCUUGGCGACGCAUUCCCGAGUGUUCGAGGGUGUGUGGAACCUUUCAUCUAGAACCUGCAUUCUCUCAAGAUCGCGGAGAGCGUGGUCUUCCUUGGAGUCUAGUACGUUUUCUUGGUGGGUUUUGAGUUUUCGGUCGGUUUCUUGGCUUUUGGUGUAGUUUGAGAGCCAAGAUCGGAGUUCUUUUCUCUUCUUGUCGAACUGCGUGAGAUUAACGCCUGGAUUUUUCUUGUAUUUAACUGGUUUUACUCGAAUUGAAGAGAAAUCCCGGUGUUCUGUCUUUCUUUGAGGCAGAGAUCGGAAGGCUAGCUUCUUGAGUUCCUUUUCUUGAUUUCGUGGUGUUUCAUGAGGAACUUGUAUAGAAGAUAAGCGUGCCUGCUAUGUUUGUUUGUUGCUUGAGGUAGACUGAGGUCAUUCACUUCAAUUCGUGCGCGGAAUACUUCGAAAUGGUAUUUUUGGGUGGUUGAAUUGUCUGAGCUUCGAUUCAGACGUCAAGCCCAUAAACAUUUCUGUGGAAAUGGAGCCGCAUUUAGAGAUUCACCUCGAUGAUCCGGUCAAAAAGCCUCAAUCAUCGACUGCCUCUGAACAAUCGACAGCUGUUGAGGUCUUGAAGAAAUCAUCGAAAAUGGUAAAACCCAGCGGAAGAACACCAACUGCUAGAAUCUCCAGUACCGUUUCUUCCAUCAAGAAGCGGACAGAAGGAGCUGAUCAAACAGGUUUGCGUGCCAGAAGGUCUAAAUCCACUUUAACGAAGUCUGCUGGGAGCUUGAAUGCCGCUCCAUGGCAGAGGAGAAAUAGCACCGGUUGCAUUGCACUGAAGCUGCCAUCUUCAGCUACAAAACGGCAGGAAAAUGGAACGUCUAUUGAUGGUAAAAAGAAAGCUUCUUCGGUUUCUGAACAUGGGAAGAGAAGAAGCCUUGAAAGCAGACUUUCAUUACUGCCUUCUGUGAUCCCAAAGGUACCUUCCGCUGUAGCACGUUCAGAGACAUUGAAGUCAUCUCCUGUGUCUCGGUUAUCAUCUAAGUCUGACAGUACUGAGGCAGAUUUGACACGGAAGCCACUCGUGAAACCAUCAACAGUUUCUUCUUUGAGAAGGUUUACCACAUCUUCAGUGGACAGUCCCAAUGGCUGCAGUAGUCUAAGAAAAGUGGAUUCAAACGUGUCGUCUCCCUCAGGACGUUCACCUUCAGUUACAAGCAGCUUUAAGUUGGGAUCAAUGUCUGCAUCUAUCGAUAGGGGUUCCUCUUUAUCAGGCCGAAAGAAGACUUUGACUCCAGAGAGUCGUGAUUCUCGCUUCAUGAUGCUUCCUCAGGUGGAUGUCAAGGCAGGGGUCGAAAUGCGGCUUGAUUUAAGAGGACACAGGGUUCGCAGUCUUAAUGCCUUGACUUUGUCACCAAUCCUAGAGUUUGUUUAUCUCAGGGACAAUCUUCUAUCAUCUGUGGAGGGUAUUGAAAUUUUAAAGAGGUUGAAGGUGCUUGAUCUGAGUUUCAAUGAUUUCAAAGGGCUUGGUUUUGAGCCUCUUGGAAAUUGCAAAGGCCUCCAGCAACUUUAUCUUGCUGGAAAUCAAAUAACAUCUCUGGUUACCCUUCCUCAACUUCCAAAUCUGGAGUUUCUCUCUGUUGCUCAAAACAGAUUAAAGUCACUUUCCAUGUCUGGCCAACCUCGGCUGCAGGUAUUAGCAGCUAGCAAAAAUAAGAUAUCAACUUUGAAGGGGUUUCCGUAUUUACCACUUCUUGAGCAUCUGCGUAUGGAGGAAAAUCCUAUAUUAAAGAUGCCUCACUUAGAAGCAGCUUUGGUAUUGCUUAUUGGUCCUACAUUAAAGAAGUUUAAUGAUCGUGAUCUUUCACCUCGAGAGCUGGAAAUUGCAAAGCUAUACCCUGGUCAUACAGCUUUGUGCAUCAGAGGUGGAUGGGAAUUUUGCCGGCCAGAUCUUGCUGAAGAGUCAACAUUUUCAUUCCUAGUUGAAAAAUGGAAGGAUAACAUUCCUCAUGGCUACAUGCUUAAACGAACCUCAGUUGAUCAGCCAUUUGAAGAAGAUAUCUGCUGCUGCCACUUUAACUUUGUAAACUUAAGCAGCGACUCUGAGCUUGUCCUUAAGUUCCAAUGGCUUAUAGGAGAAAGAAUACUCUCUAGCUUUUUACCUAUUGCAGAUGCUGUAGGCAAGGUUUACUGGCCAAAACACGAUGAUGUUGGCAAAUUUCUGAAGGUCGAAUGCACUCCAAUUCUCAAUGAUGUUGAGUACCCUUGUGUUUUUGCUGUAUCAUCAGUUGUUGCCCCAGGAACCAGAUAUCCUAAAGUUUUAAAUUUGACCGUGCAUGGUGAGCUUGUGGAGGGAAAUGUAAUAAGAGGUACUGCUGAGGUUGCAUGGUGUGGUGGAACCCCAGCUAAAUGUGUAACAAGCUGGUUGAGGCGAAGAUGGAACAGCAGCCCUGUUGUAAUAGUGGGAGCUGAAGAUGAGGAGUACAAGUUAACUGUAGAUGACAUUGAUUCGAUUUUGAUUUUCAUGUACACUCCAGUUACAGAAGCUGGUGUCAAGGGAGAACCACAGUCUGCAAUGACUGACUUUAUAAAAGCAGCUGCCCCAUCGGUCAAUAAUGUGUGGGUUCUAGGAGAUGCCGUUGAAGGAAAUACAUUAAAAGGUGUUGGAGAAUAUUUCGGAGGAAAAGAAGGGCCUAGCAAGUUCAAGUGGUUAAGAGAGAGUAAAGAUUCGAGCAUUUCUGAACUAGCAUCUUCUGGUACCAAUGAGUAUUCCUUGACCAAAGAGGAUAUUGGGAGAUGCUUAGUCUUUGUAUAUAUUCCUGUUAACUUUGAAGGCCAGGAGGGACAAUCAUCAUCUGCCACUUCAGAAAUUGUAAAGCAAGCCCCUCCAAGGGUUACCAAUUUGAAGAUUGUUGGAGAUAUUAGAGAAGGAAGCAAGGUAACUGUUAGUGCUGUUGUUAAUGGGGGAACUGAGGGAUUUAGUAGAGUUCAAUGGUUCAGAACAACUUCCCAGAAAUUGGAAGGUGAAAAUUGUCUUGAAGCAGUUAGUGCCUCCAAAGUUGCAAAAUCAUUUCGUAUUCCACUUGGUGCUGUUGGGCACUACAUUGUUGUGAAAUUCACUCCUAUGGCCCCUGAUGGUGAAGCUGGUGAACCAACAUAUGCUAUAUCGGGAAAAGUAGUUGAGGCUCUUCCACCGAGCCUAAAUUUUCUGUCUGUAACUGGUGUUUUUUCUGAGGGUGAGAUGUUGACAACAUCAUAUAGUUAUAUUGGGGGCCAUGAGGGUAAAAGUAUCUUCAAUUGGUAUCUCCAUGAAAAUGAAACCAGUAAAGGCGUGUUAAUACCAGAGGCAUCAGGAUUGCUUCAGUAUCGGAUUACAAAAGAUGCUAUUGGCAAAUAUAUUUCUAUUAAAUUCACUCCUGUAAGAGAUGAUGGAAUCAUUGGUGAGCCAAGAACUUUCUUAGGACAAGAACAAGUUCGUCCAGGAAGUCCAAGAGUGCUUUCGCUAUGGAUAAUUGGCAAGGCUGUUGAAGGAAACACAUUGUGUGCUGACAAAAGAUAUUGGGGUGGAGAAGAAAGUGAUUCUCUCUUUCAUUUUAAUUAAGUUUUAUGAUCCAUUUUUCAGACGAGUCCUGAUGGUAUUCAGCAUGAAAUCAAAAGUGCUACAACUACAUCAUAUACCCUAAGAGUCAAUGAUAUUGGCUUUCUAGUGUCUGUUUCAUGUGAACCGGUUCGAAGUGACUGUGCUCAUGGUCCUACAGUUCUUUCAGAAUGUAUUGGUCCCAUUGUUCCUGGACCACCAUCUUGUCGAUCACUUGAAUUUCUUGGAUCAAUUAUUGAAGGAAGCAGCUUGAGUUUUAUCGCUGAGUAUAAUGGAGGUAAAAGAGGGACCUGCAUACAUGAAUGGUUUAGGGUGAAGGAUAAUGGUGCAAAGGAUAGAAUUAGUGCUAAUGAUUACCUUGAUUUGAGUAUCGAUGAUGUUGGUGCAUGCAUUGAGCUUGUCUAUACACCUGUAAGGAAGGAUGGAGCAAGAGGAUCUCCAAAGAGCAUUAUUUCAGAUAUCAUAGUUCCUGCGGAUCCAAAGGGCAUUGAGCUUGUCCUACCAAGCUGCUGUGAGGAUCAAGAAAUUGUUCCCCUGAAGUCAUACUAUGGUGGGAAAGAGGGAACUGGGAAAUAUAUUUGGUACAGAACCAAAGAGAAGAUAGAUGAGUCAGAACUUGUAAAUAUAGUUGGAGAAACCUUAACAUACACACCCUCAUUUGAAGAUGUUGGUUGCUAUUUAGCCCUAUACUGGGUGCCUACACGGACGGAUGGGAAACUGGGCAAGCCAUUAGUCGCUUUUAGUAGUAAUGUGGUCAUGGCAGCUCUUCCUUCUGUUUCGGAAGUAUGUAUAAAAGAGCUCAGUUCAGGUGUAUAUGCUGGAGAAGGAAAAUAUUAUGGUGGGUAUGAGGGAUCAAGCUUGUAUAGUUGGUACAGAGAAACUAAAGAAGGAACUAUAGUUCUUAUUACUGAAGCCAAUUCCACCAUUUAUGAGGUUAAAGAUUCAGAUUACAACUGCCGUCUAUUAUUUGGCUAUAUUCCUGUUCGUUUUGAUGCACUUGUAGGAGAACUCAAGUUAUCAGAACCAACUGAUGUAAUUCUCCCAGAGAUUCCAAAAUUUGAUAUGCUUUCUUUUAAAGGAAAGGAAGUUGAAGGAGAAAUGAUUACAGUUGUUGAACUAAUUCCUAAAAGUGAUAUUCAGCAGCAUGUUUGGAACAAGUACAAGAAAGAGAUUAAGUACCAAUGGUUUUAUUCAUUAGGAGAUGGAGAGCAUCCGUCCUUUGAACCAUUGCCAUCUCAGCUUUCUUGUUCAUAUAAAGUGCGGUUUGAGGAUAUAGGCCGAAGUUUGAAAUGUGAAUGCACCGUCACAGAUGUGUUCGGAAGAUCAAGUAAUACUGUGUCGGCACAAACUUCUGCUGUAUUGCCAGGAAUUCCUAAAAUUGAUAAACUGGAGAUUGAAGGAAGGGGCUACCACACAAAUUUGUUCGCUGUUCGAGGUAUCUAUAGUGGUGGUAAAGAAGGCAAGAGCAGAAUCCAGUGGCUUAGAUCAAUGGUUGGAAGCCCUGAUUUAAUCUCAAUACCUGGCGAGACUAGUAGGAUGUACGAAGCUAAUGUCGAUGAUGUAGGAUACAGAUUGAUAGCAGUUUAUACGCCAAUAAGAGAAGAUGGAAUGGAGGGACAAGCUGUAUCUGCAUCAAUGGACCCAAUUUCAGUUGAGCCUGAUAUUUAUAAGGAAGUGAAGCAGAAGUUGGAACUUGGAUCUGUGAAAUUUGAGGUAUUAUGUGACAAAGAUCGAUCUGCAAAAGAGGCUCCAGGUGUAGGGAAUCUGGAGAGAAGAAUUCUAGAAGUCAACAGGAAGAGGGUCAAGGUCAUUAAACCUGGUUCUAAGACUUCUUUUCCAAACACUGAAAUUCGUGGAACUUAUACCCCGCCUUUUCAUGUUGAACUGUAUCGGAAUGACCAACACCGAUUCAAGAUUGUAGUUGACAAUGAGAAUGAAAUGGACUUGAUGGUGCAAACUCGACAUAUGCGGGAUGUCAUUGUUCUUGUAAUAAGAGGUUUUGCCCAGCGGUUCAACAGCACUUCUCUUAAUUCACUUCUCAAGACAGAGACAUGAUGCAUUUGGUAUUAGAAGACGGGGCAGAAGAAUGUGGAGGUGCCCUUCAGUAUAUCUUUUUGCAAUGCACCAUGAGGAGAUUUUUUCUUUUUUUGCCUGAACUUGCUGGACGCCGGCCUUGGACGGGUUCUCAAAUGUGAUUGCCGAUGCAUGUUGUCCCGAUCUUUGGUAGGGAUGCAAAAUGUCCAACCCCGAGGAAGCUGGACAAGCACUUUUUAUCAAUCAUUCACCCAUCGGCCUCAUACUUUCGCUGGACUGCACUUGUUUGCUGUGAAUUAUGAUGUGCCUUUGAUGAUAUUUGUGCGUUUGAUAUGUCUACUACGAUAAGACUGUUGUGAGGAAUUUUUUGAGAGGUUUCUUCGAGGUAUCCAUACUACGCCUUUGAAGCACAAUUCGUGUUUCAUCCUA